CACACACACACAUGUGAGUGAUCGAGUUCUUCUUACCAUAUACUAUUGUUGUUGUUGCUAUUUUCUUGGCAUGUACGUCUUAAAUGGUAAAGACAUCAGAUUUUCUAAAGCUCUUUGGUAAAAUUGAGCAGCCUUUAACUAUCGCACAAGACCCUUCUUUCAAAUUCCAAUCUUUCGAACAUUCCUAAGUCUCUCUACUCUGCUUUCCACUAUGAAACCGCCGUUGCUCCUCCUCAUCCUCCUACUUGCCACCGUCUCCGCCUCUCCACUAUACCCAAAACAGCUCAAGGCUCUCCAGUCUCUCAACAUCUCUACACCAACCAAUGAUCCCUGCAACAACAACAACAACACCUCCUCCUCUUCCAUAACUUGCGACGACGCUUCUCCAUACCGCCACAUUACCUCUAUCUCCUUCACAAACUGCCCCUCCAAUCUCUCUCUCACCUACAAAACACUCAAACCUCUCUCCAUAUCCCUCCUCACUCUCUCCUUCACAAACUGCCCUUCUCUUCCACCUCCACACCACCUCCCACACUCACUCAACUCCUUCUCCGCUGUCUCCUCCUUCCUCCACAACCGUGGCCGACUCUCCGGCCUCUUCCUCGCUCGUCUUGUAAACCUUCAAACCCUCAAAAUCUCCUCAACCCCAAUCUCAACCUCACGUCGUCUUUACGUAAUCCUCGGUAAUAUGCAUAAACUCACUUCCCUCACAAUCUCAAACUCAAAUCUCUCCGGCUUUCUCCCUAAAUCUUUCCACUCAAAUCUCACACACAUAGAUUUAUCAAACAACUCACUCAAAGGCUCAAUACGAACUUCCAUUACUCGUCUCACAAACCUCAAGUCUCUAGAUUUAUCUCAUAACUCUCUCUCCGGCCAAAUACCAAACACAAUAAAAAACUUAACCUUUCUAAAAACCUUGUCUUUAGCUUCAAACAAACUCUCAGGAACAAUCCCAAACACACUCUCAUCGAUUCCUGAACUUACACAUUUGGAUCUUACCAAGAAUCAACUAAACGGCACCAUUCCAAGUUUCUUCUCCGAAAUGAAGAAUCUCAAACACUUGAACCUCGCUGAUAACUCCUUCCAUGGAGUUUUACCAUUCAACGAAACGUUCAUAAAAAAUCUCAACUUUUUCGAAAUCGGAGGCAACGAUGAGCUCUGUUACAACAAAACUGUUCUCUCCUCGAAAUUGAAACUGAAGGGUAUUGCUCCAUGUGAUAAAUACGGCUUCCCUUUAUGGUCCCCGUCCCAAAAGGAGGAAACUUUGUCAGGGGAAAACGAUUACGGCGAUUACGACGGUGAAGGAGGAGGAAAUGAGAAGGAGACUGAGAAGGUGAAGGAAGAUGAAGAAGAAGAACACAAUGGUUCCAAAAAGACACUGUUUGGUCUCGGUAUUGGUCUUUUCUCGCUUGUGUUCUUAAUCCUCUUACUCUUUUAUCUUUCUAAAAGGUGUCGUUGGAUUUAAACAAACAAAAAGGUUUGAUCUUUACCUAAAGAGUUCCAGAGAUCUUCAUUAGGGUUCUUUCGAGUAUAAAUCACACCUUAGAUGAUUUAUUAUUGGGUUAUUAGCUAUUCUCCAAGCGUUAUGUAAUUCAUAUUUUCCUGCAAGUAUGGUUUAGCACUA